CACAGUAAACUAGUGGAAGGAAAAUGAAUCCCAUUUUCACUCCGUCACUUCACAGCCAACGACAUCAGUUUGUCGUCGAUUUUGUCAGAAAAAACAAACCUAGGAAGGUCGCUGACCUGGGCUGCGGCGAGUGUAGGCUCCUGAAACAGCUCAAGUUUCAGCGGAGCAUUGAGCUGCUGGUCGGCGUGGACAUCAAUGGUGCCAAAAUCAAGAAAAAUAUGCUCAGACUGGCUCCUCUGUCAACAGACUACCUGCAGCCUACCUUCGACCAGCUGCACAUAGAUCUGUACCAAGGCUCAGUCACACAAAGGGACGCUCGGCUCACAGGGUUCGACUUGGUGACCAGCAUAGAACUUAUAGAACACCUCAUUCUUCCUGAUUUGGAGCUCUUUUCUUCUGUGGUUUUUGGAUACAUGAGACCAGCGAACGUCAUCAUCAGCACCCCGAACUCUGAAUUCAACAAACUGUUUCCUGGACUGACUGGUUUCAGACACAGCGAUCACAAGUUUGAGUGGAACAGAUCAGAGUUCAGAUCCUGGGCUCUUAAAGUGUGUUUGGAUUAUGGCUACGAGGCUGAAUUCACCGGAGUUGGAGAAGCGCCUCAGGAGCUGCAGGAAAGUGUCGGUUUCUGCUCCCAGAUUGGUGUGUUUCGACGUAUGAACGUUUUACCCAACAGAUUUGAGGAGGAAGUGUUUUUCUACACUUUGGUGUACUCUGUAAAUUACCCCACUUUGUGUGACAACAACACUUUCAUCGAAGUCCUGCUGAGCGAGGUUGUGUAUAGGGCAGAACAAAUGAAGAACAGCUGGAUGGAGAAAACGACUGGAGGGACGAAUUGGGGUUUACCACACAGUCAGACUGAACAACAGAAACGAUCAGCAUGUACAGAAAGGUUGGAUUGUCCAGGUGGAGGGGAGGAGCUUACCGAGUCGCUUUGGACAACCAAGCAAGAAGAGUCCGGGACAUUAAACAGGUUUGUGGUCGUUCCUCUGGCGGCGCUCUGCUCCUUCUGUCCAAAAAUCGCUGAACUGAGUGGAAGUCUUUCAAACCUGAGACGUCUCCUGAUGGAUCAGCCUCAAGUUAAACUCUCUCAGGACGGAUUCUCUCUACUCGUAAAAUGUGAAGAACAAGGUACUGCCUCGUUACUGCAGAAUGUGAACUGUAGCCAGAACAGAUUGACAGCGAUGAAGAGGAGGAUGAGGAAGAUGCACCAGCCGUCCAGUGUUCCCAUCAAACUGAACCAGAGGAAGACUGGGAAGCAAAUAUUUGACUUGGAGAAAUUGGUUUUGUUGUCAGGAAACGCUGGUAGUGUAAAUUAAUCCACCCUAAGGAGAAUGUUUAAAAAAAAAGGAAAAGUUUUUCAGUUCUUUUUUGUCUGAAGGCUCUUAAACUGAAAAUAAA